AUGGGCGGUUACCUGGGCAAACAGGGGCCCCCGCCACCCCCGGCCGAGGCGGGUGCAGACCUGCCCCAGAGGCCCGUGACCCGCCAGCCUUCCCAGGCCCUUCACCAGGUCCACCGGGUUCAGCACGUCCAUCGCGCCCACCCUGCGCCGCGGCUCCGACCGGGGAGGAGGCCACGGGACUGGGACCCCGCCAACCCCGCCUCGUGGGUCGCGAACGAGGCCUGGAGGCGCUUCCCCAUGCGGCGCCCCCAGAAUUCCAUCGUGGGGCCGCUCCCCUCGGACUGGUGGGAAAGCUACCUGAAGCGGACCAUUUGGUCUCUCCGGCACCCCAGGGCUGUGUGGAGCCCCGUGACCAUCAAGAUCACUCCUCUGGCUCAGCGAGGGCUCCCCGCCAGGCCGCCGGCGCAGACCAUCCGCCCAGCAGGGGCUUCAGCCUCGGAGAAGCCCCCAGACCCUCAUGCAAAGGAGACCGUGCUCCGGGUCCUCAGAGAGUCCAAGCAAGUGAGGCUGCGGCUGGAGGAGCCGCCGUCCCAGGCCCCUGAGAGGCCGGACAGCAAGAGGGGGAGCCCCGAGGCCAGAGCAUCUGCGUUUAAGCCUCUGGGGAAGAGUGGGAACCUCGCUUCCUUCGUGCCCAGCCUUGGGCCUCUGAGCUUGGGCCUCAGCUUGAACAGGAGGCCCAGUUCCUGCUCCCUGAGCUCCUUGGCCAGCUCACACCCAGCGGGCCCCCUCGGCUCCAAAAGAAACGCGAUCACAAGCUCCUACAGCUCCGCCAGAGGCCUCUCCGAGCCUUGGAAGAGACACGCGCCCCUCCAGAUGCCCAAGUGGCCGGUGAAAAGGAAAAGCGGUCCUCAGCGGCACUCGCCAGGCCCACUGGCCUCGAAGGAGCCCCCGGCAUCGUCCGGCAGCCCCGGGCCGCGAAGUGAGGAGACUCCACGGCUGCGCGCUGGCCUUGCUCCUCCGCUGUCCCUGAGUCCACCCCCGCAGCUUGGUUAUGCAGUCCCCGCUGAGGACCUGGCCUCGGGGACAGAAGCUGGGCUUCCGUGGAGCAACAAAACCAAGAAGGAUGCAACGGAUGCCACCGCAGACCCUGCACCUGACGCUCAGUCUACGGCUCUGCCUUCCCUGUCCCGCACCCGGUCUCCUGCAGGCACCGCUCCAGCCGAGGGCACAGAUCCUCAGGUGGCAUCUCCAGGUCCACGGGCCUCCCCAAUGUCUGCGGGAGAGGGAACCAGUGUGGUCCACUCGCCUCUGGAGACGCCCAGCCUGCUGGCCCCACCCAGGUGCUCCCGGCCAGAACCCCGUCCAGGCCCCUCUGCAGGCUCAGAGCCCACAGCUGCUGUCAGCCUUCUGACCCCUGUUCCUCCCACCUCAUCUGUCACUGACACCACACGGCCACCUUCAACCUGUCAGGCUGACACGUCUCCCAGGCCCCCAGGCCCACCUGCCAUCACCCCCACAGCACCCUCAACAGAAAGGACUGUGUUUGGUGUGGUGAGGGGACCAGCUCACCAUCUUUCUGCCUCUGCAGUGCCUGCUGCCGUGUCUGCGGACCCCACAUCAAAGCCCAGUUGGAGGCCCCCCCCUAACAAUGAGGCCGGAGUCUCCUUACCUUCCAGAAUCUCAGCCACAACGGCAGCCCGAACCCCUCCAGGCCUCUCAACGCCCACCUUCAAGCCCGUCUUUGGCAGCAUCAAACCACUUAAAACGAGGCCUUUCUCCUUCAAGCAGACCUCUCCUCCAGGUUCUCCUGCUGCUACCCACCUCUUCCACAACCUGGGCAAGACCAGCUCUAUAGCCACCUCCACCACCCCAGUCAGCACACCCACAGACUCCUCUUUCAAGCCACCUCGGGAUUUUGGUGGAGCAGGUGUUACCAGGACCGUAGGCAACACUUCCUCUGACGCUUCCGCUUCUCACACUCUCCCCCUUGGGGCUUCCCAUGCCUUCAGGGCCAACUUCUCAAACCCAGUCACGGGCUUCAUUUUCCCAGCUCCCCAGCUUUCUACCAUUCCCAUGGUAAAUGCAGUCAGCAUCUUCAGCCAGGUCCUUCCCAGCACUGCCCAGAUAUCCCCUAGGAAAAGCACUGCCCAUUUUAAGGGCAAGGGCAGCCCUCUGUCGGCCUCAGCCCUCGUAACCCCAAGCCAGCCCACAUUGUCAUCGGGCAUCUGCAACCCAACCUCAGCACUCACAGUUUCUUUGGGUUCAAGCUCAAAGCCACUUUUCCCACUAUCCCUGGGAGUCAUGCCCCAGCCUGCGUUUGGGGCUUCAGGUGGGCAAAGGCAAGGGGCCCACCAACCAGCCCUUAGCCCAAGCUUCAAGAGCUCUUCUGUUUUAGGAAACUCAGCAGUGGUAUCCCCAACCCCAACCCCAACUCCAGCUCAGCCAGCCUUCAGCAGCCCCACACGGUCAGCAUUCGGGGUGUGGACACCCUCUGCCUCCACCUUCCACGUCCCUGCCAGCAUCCAGACCGGUGCAGGCAGCACCCCAGCAGGUUUUCGCUUUGGUCCAGCUAGUGCCACUGGUUUUGGGGUUGUCUCCCAGACCCGCCAGCUUGGGGCUCAGACCUCAGUGUUUGGCAGCACAGCCCCACGACCUUUUGCCUUUGGGGGGUUAGUGACCCCUAUGGACUGUGGGGAGUCUGGGGACAGCAUGACUGUCCCAGACAUGAGCUCCAACUCUGGAGUGUUCUCCAUCGGAGCAAUGCCCAGUGGCGUCACAAAUACCGUCACACCCUUUGGAAAAGGCUGGAGUCAGAACACCCAGGGCAUGACCCCCCAGAACACCCCUUUUGCCUUAGGGAGGUCCAGUAUUUCUACAAGAAAGAUUAUGUUUGGAGGCCCUCCCAUGGCCCCCUUUGCUCACAGCCUCCCUGUCCCCAGACCAGUUAAGACGGGCAGUAGCUUUGGCUUAGGGAUUCCCUCUCCGCCUGCCCAGGGCUCCCUUGGGAGAGGGUCUUUCAGAUCAGCAGUCCCUUCAUUUUCCAUUGGUGCCAAACCAAAAAACCCAAAGAAUCGGGAGCCAGGGCAUUCCCGAAGGCAUCAUGCCCACAAGAAAUAGCUUGUGUCCCUCACCCUCACCCUGACUCGGACCUCUGUGUUGUUGGGAAGAGCCUCCAUAUCCUCUAAUUUUCUAACGGGAAAAAUACCCAGAUUUAAGGCUAGAGCUUUAUGUUCACCUGUGGGUCCUCAUCUAUAUCCUAGAAGGUGGAGCAUCAGGAUGUCUAGUGGUGACAGCAGAAAGAAACUGGGUGGGACCUCUGGACUCUUGCCCUCCUUCCCCCUGCCCAUUCCUCUCUGUAUCACCUGCUUUUCCCCUGGGAACCAACAUGCCAGGAAGGUAGCGGGCACAGCCCCACCCUCUUGCAUCUUUGGGAGUAGGAAUGGAUUUAAAGUCUUAGUUUUUAUUUGCCUCUAAGAAGUGGGUCCCUUUCUCUGGUCCCUGGGGACGCUGAGUCCUCAUUCUUGGAAGAAGAGCCCACUCCUCAUUCCAGAAAAGGGAAGCUCUUGACCAGUGACCCUCCAGCCGUGGAGCAGGCAGGUGGGCCUUGCCUCUUUGUCCACCAUUCUCCAGUCUAUACACAAAGACCCUUCUUCACGGUGUCUAAUAGGACUGCUAUGUGUGCUUUCAGCUGAGUUUGGAGGACAAAUGACCAGACCUACCUGUGGAACCUAAGUCUGGGGCCUACCUCACUGGAAGAGUCGAAUCGCACCACAUUGUGUCUACAAAUGCCAAUUUUCAAGUGUUUUUGGCUUUAAGGGAUGACUUGUCAGGAAGAACUAGGGCCAGGCAGGGACAGGCAGGGUGGUGCAACCAUUCUUCCCUCUACAACAUCGGCCAUGUUGCCUCCAGUAGGAGCAAGAAAUGCAGUUAGGGAACCAAAGCUUACAUCUCAUUUUCCUUUUAAUUUGUACCUCAAACCACUCCUCCAUGUUCUUGUCUCCGGGGGUGGGGGAGGGGAGUCUGGGGAGGACAGGAAGUCUCUUGGGCCUGAGAACAAAGGAAGAAAACAAAAGAGAGCAGAUAUUGGACUGGGCUCUGCUCUGUAACCAAUGAGAGGCCUAUGAAUGAGCUGUGACAUGUUCCUUAGCACUGCUUAUCAUCCCAAAGAAAAAAAAGAGACAAGAAUGACUGAUUCCCUGUAGACAUCUCUCUGCUGUUUUGUUUUAUGGAUACCUUGAAAGAGGCCUCAUUGGAAAAAUAAGCCAUUUUAAAUUGGUUGAUAAAAUAAAAAUUGUCUAAGUAAG